GAUGUGCUGAGCUGAACUGUGGGUGUCAUGACAGAAAAGCCUGAGCAUGGGCAACACUUUCGCGGGACAGCAUUUUGUUCACGUGCUGAUGGCAGUGUCCAUGUAAGCAACUAAAUGUCCAACUUUUAAUUGUGCUUUCACAUGUUAUGCCAAACGGUAUAACUACUCAAUUCAAGAGGAAAAGACCGACAACACAGAGACAGAUCCGUCUUGUCUGUGCCAUUUUACUGUCAAAUACUGCAAAUCUCUCCCAAGUAACCUUGGCAGUCCUCUGUUCCCCUAUACUGUUCGAGAUGUCCGACGAUGAUCGAGAUGACAUACCGAUGGUCAGGGCAUUUAGCGUGGAAGAGACAGGAGAAGAAUUCGACCUUGACAUCCCACCUACAACUGGCAAUGAGUAUCUCAGACGUGUCCAAAGAGAAGCCAAAACCUGUCCAGAUGUGGUGGUUGCCAAUCUAGACGUCAGCAAAUUUUCGAGCAAGCAAACGGUGACUGUAAAUGAUAACAACGAAUGCACCCCUCCACCCAAAGGCUUUGCUCCCCCCUUGAAGUGGCAACAAGAGCAAGUUGCAAACUUCUCUGCAGUGAGGCAGAAACUUGCAAGAUACAAGGCAGUCAUGAAGAAGAACAAAGUCAAACCCCCCAUAAGAUUGCCAAAGAUAGAUGACAAAACCAAAUGGAGGAGCCUUUGCUGUGGACAAGAGACAAACAAUGAACCGCUGUUGAGUAUAAUAGGAAAUCUUCCACAGCACAACAUAGAGAGACUGAUAAGCUAUCACACGGAAUGGAUCCGAGAUUCCGGCUUUGUGAGCCACAUGGGAAAGUGGCUAUAUGCACUACUGGCAUGUUUGGAAAAGCCUCUGCAUCCUGAGGCAUGCUUCCACAUUAGAGCACUGGCAAGGGCCUGUUCUUCAUCCAGGAGCACUUUGGUCUCUGCUGAAGAUGAAUGCCUGGUCCCUUUGAAUCUGCUCAUCUGCCUGAUUGCCUACUACUUCAGUCAGCAAGAUUUAGCAGAUGAGCCUUCCUGACAAGUGCAUUGCAUAUCACCACCUUCUCUUGGUUUUUAAAUGCAUAACACAAUCAUAAAUCAAUCUGAAACUCUGA